AUGCUAAGACAAGCUUCCCAUAAACGCUGGAAAACCCUCUGUAAUAACAUGGCCGUGGCAGACGGCCGCUGUUGGAACAUUUUAAAGAGGAUCUGUGCCCCGCGCCCCCUCAGUACCCCGGCGAUUAAGCUUAACAACACGGUACUCACGGGAAAUCAGAAAGCCAAGCACUUUAUCCGCUUAUAUUCAAGACGAGCUCAACGUCACCCACAUUCCUACCCUCCACCGCCCAUUCCAGUAACAGAUACAGAAUUCAUCCCCAUUACAGCAGCAGAACUGGAACGGGCACAGCGUCUCCUUCCUAAAGGGAGGGCCGCAGGUCCAGAUGGUAUCUACAGUGUGGCACUCCAACACUUGGGACCUCGUGCCAAAGCAGAGACUCUUGCCCUCUUUAACGAGAGCCUCCGUACGGGCGUUGUUCCAGUCUCAUGGAAAGUAGGCAUCAUUGUACCACUCCUUAAAUCAGGGAAGAAAGCCACAGAUCUAGAUUCGUUCAGACCAGUUACUCUCACUAGUUGUCUGUCCAAAUUAAUGGAACGGAUCAUCGCAGCACGUAUUAGAGAUGUCAUUGGAACCAAGCUGACCCCACAACAAUCUGGAUUUAGACCUGGACACUCUGCGUUAGAUCAACUACUGCAUCUACGCGCAGCCCUCACAAGACCCACCCUUGAUUCGCGUACAGGUGCAGUAUUCGUUGACUACGCCAAAGCUUUCGAUACUGUAGACCACGAUCGAAUAGUUAUUGCGAUGCGAGAGAUGGAUAUCCCACCGCACACCAUUCGAUGGUCAGCAUCUUUCCUGAAAGGACGCCAAGCCAAGGUACGUGUCAACAGUAAAUCCUCUCUCCCCCAAUGCUUUUCCACCGUGGCGUACCACAAGGAACAGUUCUCGGCCCACUUAUGUUCAUUAUCGUCAUGA